AUGCCUUCUGAACAAGCAUAUUACAAUAAAGGCUACAAGAAGUCCAUUUCUGACACUCACGCCAUUAGAAAUGUGGAAAACUCAGUCAAAUAUAUUACAAAUGUACUUGAACCUGAUUUUAAGGUAUUGGAUGUGGGAUGUGGUCCAGGAUCAAUUACUAUUGAUAUUGCAAAAAACUAUUUGACUAAAGGUGGAUCAAUCAUUGGUGUUGAACCAACCAAAGAAAUCGUUGAUACCGCUAACAAGUUGCAACAAUCAACUGCAGCUGAUGUUGACAACAUUUCAUUUCAGAUAGGAUCAGUUUACAAUUUGCCAUUUGAAGAUAAUACAUUUGAUUUAGUCCAUGCACACCAAGUUAUCGUUCAUUUGGAAGAUCCCAUAAAAGCAUUGGAGGAAUUGGCUAGGGUCGCCAAACCGGGUAAGUUUGUCGCCGUGAAAGAUGGUGAAAUGGACUCAAUGCUUUUUGAUCCGCCAAAGUAUGAAGUGCUUAGGGAAUACAUCAUCACAAGUGCGUUGAAUAGAGGGUCAACCGAUUUGAAAGCUGGUAGAAAGUUGUUUAGAAGAGCCAUUGAAGCGGGGUAUAAACCAGCCAAUAUCAAUACUUCUGCGUCAACAAUGUUGUUUACAGGUCUUGAAAAGACCAAACAAGUAUGGGGUGAAUUGCUUAUCAAGAGAGUGCAAGGUGGGGGUGAGGUCUUUGUAGUAGAUGACGAGAAAAAAAAUGAGGAGGUCAAACAAGAAGUAGUCAAGAAGAUACAAGAGUGGAAGGAUGAUGAGACGUCGCUUUGGAGUGCAAUUAACUUUGAAAUUACAUAUAAAAAGCCCGAAUAA